GCCACUCAAAAUCACAAAGAAGAACCACAAAUGGCGGCGCACUGUUCGGCUGGGCUUUCAACAAGCUCAGGACUUGGUGGUUUCCUGCACAGAGUUUGUGUUGGUCUUUCCACUGCUCCACUGUGUCACCAACAUCGCUGCUUCUUCUGGAGGAAGUGGAAAAGUUCCCACAAUGUAGUUCGCCCAGCUGCUGUUAGACCUGCGUUUGCAGUGCCUAAGCACAUUGUGCGACCAGACUAUGUAGGCACUGGGGUGGUUCCAGAGUGGCCAGACUACAUCGAGAUCAAAAACCAAGAGCAAGUCAACGGCCUAGCCAGAGCCUGUCAGCUUGCCCGACGUGUGCUGCUACACGCUGCACGCAGUCUGAACGUUGGUAUGACGACAGAUGAAAUAGACUUCAUUGUGCACCAGGAGACAAUCAAACACAACGCCUACCCAUCCCCUCUCAGAUACGGGGGGUUCCCCAAGUCGGUCUGUACAUCUGUGAACAAUGUGGUCUGUCAUGGCAUACCUGACAGUCGACAACUUCAAGAUGGAGAUAUCCUCAACAUUGAUGUGACUGUUUAUCUGGACGGUUACCAUGGUGACACCUCAGAAACCUUCUUGAUUGGCCAGGUGGAUGAAGCUGGGCAGCGAUUAGUGGAGACUGCAAGGCGCUGCAGAGAUGAGGCCAUCGCUGCCUGCAAGCCGGGUGCACAGCUUUGUGUUAUAGGAAACACAAUUAGUGAAGUAGCCCAUUCCAGUGGUUUCCAAGUGUGUCCAUAUUUCAUUGGACAUGGAAUAGGCUCCGUCUUUCACUGCCAUCCUGAGAUCUGGCACCACGCCAAUAACAAUGACAUGACCAUGGAUGAAGGGAUGGCUUUCACAAUAGAGCCCAUACUGAUGGAGGGCUCUGUAGAGUUCAGGAUCCUGAAGGACAAGUGGACUGCUGUGUCUGUGGAUGAGAAAAGGUCCGCUCAGUUUGAACACACGGUGGUCAUCACUUCUGACGGGGUGGAAAUUCUCACCAAACUGCCAGAGGAAAGCGACGUGACCUGAAGGAGACUUGAACCUUACGUCAGCUGUCAGGAAUCUGUUGGUCAGAACUAACUUUCAUGAAAAUGGCACACUGCUGCAAGAGCAUGAAAGUGAUGCAUAUGUACAUAUUUAAAACAUCACUUUUAAUGCUUUUUCUAUCGCGAUUUAAGUUAAAUUAUAUAUAUAAAAAUAUACCGAGUGUGAAAUCCUUUAGAAUCUUAUCAAUCUAUGGAAAUUCAUUGUCAUUAAAUCCUUCAAUAACCUGUA